UAAUUACCAAGGGAAUAGCCAUACAAUGCUCGAUUGUGUUGAUAGUUAAUCGAUAUACUAAUAGAAAAAGGCGCGAAUGUACAUAUAGAUAUUUACGCACAUACAUAUAUUGUGAUUAUACAUUGUUGUUAGCAUGCAGAAGUCUAUAACCUCAUUUUUUAAACCAAAAGAUGAAGCUCAAAGCUUCACGAACGAUGCACGUAAGAAACAAUCUCAAUGUGCUAUCAUCGAGGAGAAGCCAAAAGUAGCUACACCAAAAAAAGGUAUAAAAGAAGAAGACAAUGAAAAUACACAACCGGUGGUCGAUUCUGAGAAGGAGAUGAUAGUGCCGUCUCCUGUUAAGGUAAAGAAAAUGGAGUUAAAUUCAGAAGUGACUGAAGGCGAGGGAAGUGAAACUUACGACCCAUCGGAUGAGCACUAUCAUCCAACUAAUGAUGCUUACUGGAAAGCACAACGCAUUACACCUUACUUGGCCUUGGCCCGAACGUUUCAAGUUAUUGAGGAGACAAAGGGUCGACUGAAAAUGAUUGAUAUAUUGAGUAAUUUCUUUUGCUCUGUAAUGCUGGUUAGUCCAGAGGAUUUGGUGCCGUGCGUUUACCUAAGCAUCAAUCAGUUAGCGCCCGCGUAUGAGGGACUCGAGCUGGGCGUCGCAGAAACGACGCUUAUGAAAGCAAUUUGCAAGGCAACCGGCCGAAAUUUGGCACAUAUAAAGUCACAAACACAUUUAACUGGUGAUCUGGGCAUUGUUGCUGAGCAAUCGCGCGUAUCGCAGCGCAUGAUGUUUCGUCCGAAACCGUUGAAUGUGCGCGGCGUAUUCGCCAAACUGAAGGAGAUCGCGAACAUUUCAGGACAGGCGAAAAUUACACUGGUUUACGAUGUUUUCGUUGCCUGUCGCCAUGCUGAGGCACGCUUCUUUAUACGUUCGUUAAUUGGCAAAUUACGCAUUGGCAUUGCAGAGCAGAGCCUGCUAACAGCUCUGGCAAUAGCUCUUGUCAAGCGGAAUCACAUAAACGAUUGCAAAAGCCAUAAAGUUUGUGAUAUUUACAAAGAUGAAAUAGUGGAUGCAACUUUGAUACUUAAAACAACAUUUAGCCAAUGUCCGAACUAUGAUAUUGUUAUACCAGCAUUAUUGAAAUAUGAUAUUAAGGAGCUGCAAGAUCGUUGCCCGAUGCAUCCCGGUAUGCCGCUCAGGCCUAUGCUCGCGCAGCCAACAAAAGGUGUUUCGGAAGUGCUGGAACGCUUUAGUGGAAUGCAAAUAACUUGUGAAUGGAAAUACGACGGCGAACGAGCCCAAAUCCAUUUGAACAAAGAUGGAGAAAUAAGUAUUUUCUCGCGUAAUUCUGAGAACAAUACGCCAAAGUAUCCAGAUCUUAUUGCUAGAAGCAAAUCGUUUCUGAAAACCAAUGUUGAGACGUAUAUACUGGAUAGUGAGAUUGUCGCCUGGGACAUCGAACGCAAGCAAAUUCUUCCAUUUCAAAUUCUUACGACACGCAAGAGGAAAAAUGUUGACAUCGCUGACAUUAAAGUCCAAGUGUGCGUUUACAUUUUUGAUCUACUGUAUUUCAAUGGAGUUUCGCUUGUGACGAAGCCACUGUCCGAGCGUCGCAAAAUUCUGAUGGAACACUUUCAAGAAAUCGAAGGCGAAUGGAAAUUCGCCACAGCCCUGGACACAAAUGACAUGGACGAAGUGCAGCAAUUCCUAGAAGAGUCCAUUAAAGGCAACUGCGAGGGUCUCAUGGUUAAAACAUUGGAUGAAGAGGCAACUUAUGAAAUCGCGAAACGUUCAAGAAAUUGGCUUAAAUUGAAAAAGGAUUACUUAUCAAAUGUUGGCGAUUCACUGGAUCUGGUGGUUAUCGGUGGAUAUAAGGGCAAAGGACGACGCACGGGCAUCUACGGUGGCUUUUUGCUGGCUUGCUACGAUACAGAGAAUGAAGAGUAUCAGAGCAUUUGCAAGAUUGGAACAGGCUUUACCGAUGACGAUUUGCGACAACAUUCAGAGUUCUUCAGCGCGCAUGUAACUGGCAGUGCCAAAUCAUAUUACAGAUAUGAUCCUAGCUUAGAGCCGGAUGCUUGGUUUGAGCCUGUUCAAGUUUGGGAAGUUAAGUGCGCUGACUUAUCCCUUAGUCCGAUCCAUAGAGCUGCCAUAGGAGCUGUUGAUGCUGAACGCGGCAUUUCAUUACGGUUUCCUCGCUUCAUUCGGAUUCGGGAUGAUAAGAGCCCGGAAAAUGCUACCGAUGCGAAUCAAGUGUCUCUCAUGUACAACUCUCAGGAUCAAGUUAAAAACAAUCAAAAGUCCAGCAAUCAAAUGGACAUUGAGAGUGAUUUUUAUUAAUAAAUGCGUAAAAGUAUU